GGGCACUAAGAAAAAGAAAUGUACUUAAAAGAAUCAUGGGGAAUAAAGAAAUGGAAAUACAAAAAUGCCCGAAAGAGAAUGAAGUGGGAUAUAAAUUGAGGAGAACUCUGCUGAUUUUACUGAAAACGAAGAGUGUCAUGGCCUGAGGAACUUGGAAGGAAGUAAAGGCAAGGCAUAUGUGUUUCUAUGAUGUUUGUUUCUUGAUUCCCUCAAAUAGCUGGUCCAAAUAUAUUCUCUGGGUUGUCAGUUUAGCUAGACACCAUUCCCAAGGUGCCCAGUAAAUAGCACUGAGAAGAAGCAAAUGCUUAUUUUUGCAGUUUUUACUUCUCUGAAAAAUGAUGUAUGUCCCCCCCCUUAUAGAUGCUCUAGUCUGACUAGGAGGUGAACUUUUAACUGUUUGUAAGGAAGUAUCUACAAGCUCUGUUUUCUUAACCAAUCAGGUGGUGGGUAAGUUUUGUAACCAGGACCUGUGAAUCUUUGGGUGCCUAAUUUAUCUUCCUCCCCAUUUCCCAUCAUUACCUGUGUAGAAGCCAUGGAAGCCUUUGGGCUAUAGACAUCCCUGUCUGAGGAGAAUUUUAAUGAACUGCAAGAAACUCUCUUUGCUUGUCUCUAAGUUGAUGAGUAUAUUUAGUAACCAAAAACUGUAUUAUUUGUAAUUGUCACACUUAUCCCCUCGUCAUUUCCCACUGGUAUAGGUGUAGAAAUUAUUGCAGCCUUUUGAUUAGACACAUCUCUGUCUGAGCUGGAUUUUAAUGAGCUGCUAGAAAGUAGCUACAAACUUUCUUCGCUUUAUCAAUUAGGUGGUGCGCAUGAUUUGUAUAUUGCAGGUGCCUAGUUUAUCCUCCAUUUCCCAUCAUUUCCUGUGUAGAAACCAUGGAAGCCUUCCAGCUAUAUAGGUCACUGUCUGAGGAGAAAUUUUAAUGGACUGAAAGAAAGUAUCCACAGAUUUUCAUUGAUUGGCCAAUAAGGUGGUGGUGGGUAUGCAAGAAAAGUAUCCACAAAUUUUCUUUGCUUAACCAAUAAGGUGGUGGAUGUGUUUUAGUAACCAAGAACUGUGUUACUUGUAACUGCUCCACUUAUCCCUCAAUAUCGGUGUAGAAUUUAGUUGCAGCCUUCUGAUAGUAGAACACCCCUCUCUGAGCUGGCUUUUAAUGAGCUAAAAGAAAGUACCUUUGAACUUUCUUUCCUUAAUCAAUAAGGUGGUGGGCAUGAUUUGUAUCUUGUAGGUGCCUAAUUUAUCCCCCUCCCACUCACCAUUUGCCAUCAAUACCUGUGUAGAAACCAUGGAAGCAAGCCUUCCAGCUAUAUAGGUCCCUGUCUGAGGAGAAUUUUUAAUGAACUGCUACAAAGUAUCUACAAAUUUUCUCUGUUUAGCCAAUAAGGUGAUGAGUUUGCAAGAGAAACUAUCCACAAAUUUUCUUUGCUUAACUGAUAAGGUGGUAGUUAUGUUUUAGUACCAAGAACCGUGUUACUUGUACUUGCCCCACUGAUCCCCUAGUUAUCUCCCAACAAUAUCGGUGUAGAAAUGAUUGGAAUCUUUUAAUUAUAGACACCCCUGUCUGAGCUGAUCUUUAAUGAGCUGCAGAAAGUACCUAUAAACUUUCUCCCUUGAUCAAUAAGGUUCUGGGCAUGUUUUUUAUCUUGUAGGUGCCUGAUUUCUGAUUUAUCCCCCUCAUCGUUUUCAACACCAUGGAAGCCUUUCAACUGGCUGUUCCAUUUAAAGAAUUAGUUUUACUUUCCUUGGUCUGUUUCCUCCUCUUUGUUACUCCAGCAGUCUCAGCAGAGAAACGAGCUGCUUAUCAUUCUCUGAACGUUGCAGCUCGGCUGCAAGAGGUCAGAUCCCAGCCAGUGCACCUACAGCAUACCAAUGAACAAGAGGAGAACCAGAAUGUACCAAGACAUCCAUGGAAACUGCAAAUUUUGCACAGAGAUGCUCUCAUUGUGGGAAACCUGACCUAUCAGCACAGGAUUAUCGAGAGGCUGAAAAGGGAAUCCAGGAGGGUGAAGGCACUCAACAGGCGGAUGGAGAAAAAAUUGAACAAGGGCAAAGAAAUGAUGAAUGGGAAAUCCAAAACCGAGGGUUUCAGUGGCGUGGUGAUAUCGGGCAUGGCGGAAGGCAGCGGGGAAUACUUCACACGCAUAGGCGUGGGAACACCGGCGAGAGAGCAGUACUUCGUGUUGGACACGGGUAGCGAUGUAGUAUGGGUGCAGUGCCAACCGUGCAACGAUUGCUACGACCAGGCCGACCCGGUCUUCGACCCGUCCUCCUCGGCCUCCUUCACCUCCAUUUCCUGCGGCUCCCCGGUGUGCAACGAGCUGGAUGUGGCGGACUGUAACAGCCGUGGGUGUGUGUAUCAGGUCGCUUAUGGAGACGGAUCCUAUUCCAUCGGGAGCUUCGCUACGGAGACGCUCACUUUCGGUACCACGGCUGUUCAGAAUGUGGGCAUCGGGUGCGGCCACGACAACAAGGGACUGUUCGUUGGGGCCGGCGGGUUGCUCGGUCUAGGAGCCGGUCGACUCUCUUUUCCAACCCAACUGGGGACUUAUGGGAAGGUUUUUUCGUAUUGCCUGGUCGACAGGGCGUCCGGAUCAUCGGGCACACUGGAAUUCGGCCCGGCGUCGGAGCCGCCCGCCGGGUCCGUCUUCACACAGCUUCUCAGAAACCCACAAAUGGACACCUUUUAUUAUGUCUCUUUGACGGCCAUUAGCGUCGGUGGGUUGCUGGUGUCUCUCCCACAGUCGGUCUUUGAGUUCGACGAGACGGGUCAGGGCGGCGUCAUAGUGGAUUCCGGCACCUCCGUCACGCGGUUGCAGAAAGAGGCUUAUGAAGCCAUGCGGGAUGCCUUCGUUGCAGGUACAACAGAUCUUCCUAGGGCGCCGGGAAUUGCCAUUUUUGACACUUGUUAUGAUUUGUCCGGCCAUCAGACCGUGAGCGUUCCGACUGUGGGUUUUCAUUUUUUGAACGGAGUCGGGUUGAUUCUUCCCGCGGGGAACUAUCUGAUUCCUAUGGAUUCCAAGGGAACUUUUUGCCUUGCCUUUGCACCCACAUCUGGUGACCUGUCUAUCAUCGGGAAUAUUCAGCAGCAGCAUUUUCGGGUUUCCAUUGAUUCUGAAAGCUCCCUCGUUGGCUUUGCUCCCAACCAGUGCUGAUUCGGUGCCCAACUAUACAGGGCUUAACCAGUCGGUAAAAUUUGUGAUUUCGACUGAAAGUCGGAAAUAAAAUCAACAGAAAGUCAAUUCAAAAAGUGGAUGAGCAGUUGAAAUCUAAGUGGAUGGGCAGUUUAAAUCUCAAUAGCAGCAAAAAAUAGAUGGGCAAUUCAAAUCUGAAUAACAGCAGAAAGUGAAUGGUCAGUAUAAAUCUCAAUGGCAGC